CCCAGAUUUAAUGAAGCUAUAUGUGGAUUUUGCAAUUGAAACACACGGUCUCCACUGAAGCAGCAGUGUUUAAAUACAAAUUGUGAAAGGCUAUUUAUUCAACACGGAGAAUUGACGGACGUUCAAUACACAUAUCUACCAAACCUUUCAAUGUUUUAGAUGUAUGUUUUGCAUCUUGAGCUAUAGUUUUGUUGUGAUCCUAAGUGGAAUUUAGGAUGACUGAUUCCGAUGACCCUAGGAAAUCUCAUCGGACAUUUCGAGACAGUCAAAACAGUAAUGCCGGCCUGCCACUAAACGAGGGCUACCAGUACUAUCCGCGCUACUACCCCUCUUGGUCCUGGGGUGGAAGUGAACAAACGUACAACAUGGCCGCCAAUACUGGUAUAGAAGGCGGCCGUUUUUACCAGGUGUCGGAGGACGGGAAACGAUACGAGUACCCUGGUAUGGCUGCGUACGACAAUGUCGGCGCUUUUGGUGGACGCCCAUCAAAAGGAGGCAGCUACAAGCUGAAACCACCCUCAGAUAUGUCUGAUGGGACAACAAGUUUCGGGAGCCCUGCGGGUCGGCGGCGGUGCUGCGUCGUGAUGUCCAUCGUCGGAUUGUUCCUACUAGUCGCCGCCGGUGUAGCCAUCGGAAUCUACUUUGGCGUGGUAGAUAAACCUGGGAACGAACAGCAGACUUCCACGAUGUCGCCAGUCGCAGCGAAGAGCAUUCAGUUGACGAUGGCCGUGGAGGGCACAUACAGCUCAGCCCUUGAUGAUCCAGCCUCACCCGAGUAUCAGGCGAAAGAGCAGGCAGUCAUUAAAGAGGUUGACGAGGCCAUGGCAGACACACAGAUGGCCAACAGCUACAUUGGCUUUCGGGUGGAUGGGUUCAGCAAUGGCAGUAUUAUUGUCCAUGGCCAAGCUGAAUUCCAGGCAGCCACCUACAGGAACAUUGACGGAAGUACAAUGACGAUAACCAAGGAUAAUAUGAAGAGUCAGUUGAUGGCGUCUCUAGAGAGGAAGCCUACCACUGGCAUCGUCAUUGACACCAUCCAGACGGCUGACGUCGUUACACCUGGCGGGUCCGUAGCAUUGGGUGAGUCUUGUGCAAGUCGCUCUGACUGUUCAGUCGUGCAGGCAGAAUGCACUGGGAACCCGAGCGUUUGCACAUGCAAAUCGACACACUUCGAUAACAACGGCGGGCUCAGUCAAGGUGUCUGUCUAAUAAAGAAGGGAUAUGGCACCUCAUGUACCGCCAAGACAAACUGCGCCACUGUUGACUCGAUAUGCAGCCAGACUGCUGGGUGUUCCUGUCCAGAAAACAAAUUCUACAAAGCUGACACUGACAGUUGUGUGCUAAAACUUGAUUUCGGAGCGGGUGAUUGUACGGAUGCCAGCAAGCAGUGUUCGACUUCCAAUGCCAUUUGUACCGUUAAUAAAUGUGCCUGCGAAAAUGCCAAUUUCCUUAAGGAUGGUGUUUGUGUUCCAAAAAUCACACAUGGCAACUCGGGAUGCAACACCAACACAAACUGCAAAACUGGAAGCGCUACAUGUGCUCUGGGAACCUGUAGUUGCUCUGGCAACAAAUAUUACGACUCAAACUCUGACAUCUGUGCUCCUAAGAUAGUGAAUGGCCUUCCAUGUGAAAGCCGGGAUAUGUGCCUGUUCUCCAAUGCCAGUUGUAUUGAAACCAAAUGCUCGUGCACAGACUCCCAGUAUGAAUUGGGUUCAGCUUGUCUUGACAAGGUGCAGAAUGGGGAAGCUUGUUCGAUGGACAGAGCCUGCAUUAUCACAAAUGCCCAAUGCUUAGAGAUGGCUUGUACCUGUGACUCGACUCGUUUUCUACAGGGACUGGCUUGUGUUGAGAAGAAGGGCCAGGGGGAAUCGUGUACAGGGAAAGGCCAGUGUCUGGGAACCGGAACUGUGUGUGCAGCCAACUUAUGUGAUUGCCCCUCCGGACAAUUCUUCCACACCGAUACCCAGACAUGCAUUGACAAGUAUGAAAUUGGAGUAGAAUGCCAGAAUACAAUGCAGUGCCUGCCAAUUGAUUCAGAGUGUAGUCAGAAUGAGGACAGCACUAAGACUGUGUGCCAGUGUCCAGCCAGCAAAUAUCUCGUGGGAACAGCAUGCCUUGACAGGUUGGAUCUUGGCGAGACGUGUGACAUAUCUGGACCUGAGAAGCAGUGCCUUUACAGUUCGUCCCAGUGUAGUGGUACCCAACCCACUUGUCAAUGCCCUGAUAGCAUGUACGCCAACGCAGGAACUAAGACUUGCAUCCCAAAAAUUGCGUUUGGAGCUUCCUGUGUGGGAGACCACCAGUGUUACAUGGACGGUGUGUGCUCCUCCGGGAUAUGUGAUUGUGCAGAAACGUACUAUCAGGACACAAACAGAUGCUCAAUGAAGAAGGGGUUGGAGGGUUCUUGCGCAGCUGUUGAGGAAUGUCUGUACAGCAGUGCUGAGUGUACGGAGGGCAAGUGUCAGUGUGGCAGUGAUUACUAUGUUGAUAAUACGGCCAAAGCCUGUGUACAAAGGGUGGACCAGGGAAGUUCAUGUACAGACGCGCUCCAGUGUAAGGUGGGCGGAGCCACCUGUCUAGGAGACGUGUGCGCAUGUACAGACACACAGUUCCUGGAUGAGGCCAACAACAGAUGUGCAGACAAGAUUACAGAUGGAGCGUGUGACUCCGCCGACAUGUGUCUACAUGAGAAUGCUGAGUGUGUUUCUUUCCAGUGUACGUGUCCAGCCGACCGCUACUUAGAUGAGGAUAACAAAGCAUGCGCACUCAAGAAGGCCCAGGGUGAGAGCUGUACAGAGUCCAGACAGUGUGCUGUUAAUGGUGCCUCAUGUGACAGUGUGUGUAAAUGUACUGACACGCAGUAUGAAGACAGCACUGGAUGCAAGCAAAAAAUCCAAAAUGGCAAUUCAUGUUCCAACACUGUCCAGUGUCUGGUUAACAACGCGGUCUGUGAUGAGUCAAGUCUUUGUACCUGCGUGAUCACAGACUACCUUGAGGGCAACGAUUGUUUUCCCAAGAAGGCCAAUGGUGAAAGCUGCAACUUGAGGGUGGAGUGUAGUGUUACUAAUGCGGAAUGUAUAGAUUCCCUUUGUGGAUGCUCUGCCACCCACUACAUCUCCGCAGAUGGCAACACUUGUAUUCUGAAGAAGGCAUAUGGGUUGAAUUGUGACACCGCCGAACAGUGUGCUACGGAAAAUGCUGCCUGUUCUGGGACGUGUACGUGCAACGAUGACAGUUUCCAUGAUACGUCAGAUGGAGCAGACGUCUGUACCCAAAAGUUGGAUUAUGAGGCUACCGGAUGUACGGAGGCGAGUCAGUGUAAGACUGGCAAUGCAGUGUGUGACAGUAGCACGUGUAUGUGUACAUCAAACAACUACUACCAGCCGGAUGAAUGUUUGCUAAAACGUGGGGACAAUGAAGCCUGUGAUAAUGCAGCCCAGUGUUUACGUGGAAACUCUGAGUGUGACCAAGUGUGCGGUUGUCCAGGAAACAUGUACAUGGAUGACUCAACCUCCCCACCACAGUGUUCAAACAAGCUGGCUUACGAGGCUGUAUGUACGUCAGAAGUACAGUGUAUCACGUCCGCAGCCCUGUGUGUCGCCAUGGAGACGGCCUCUCAGUGCAUGUGCUCCGCAAACUACUUCCAUGACAGUACCAAUGACAAGUGUACCUUCAAGGUCCUGUUCGGGGAACAAUGUAGCCAGGCAGCGGAUUGUGUCACCCCUGGGGCUAUGUGUGAAGGCACCCCUACCACUGUAUGCACAUGUGCCGAGGGGUUCUACUAUGAUGAUGUCAGCUGCAGGGAGAAAAAGGCGAACGGUGUUGUAUGUGGGACAGUUGGCGAAUGUUCGGUGACUAACUCGGUAUGCAGCAGUACAUGUCAGUGUCCGGAAGGCACGUUCCUCAAUGGAUCUCAAUGCUCAAACAAACUGAUGAAUGGAGAGGCAUGUACGGACACGCUACAGUGUCGUGUUCAGAGUGCCGAUUGUGACGGGACCUGCCAGUGUGAUGCACUACGGUACUUGGACGGUGAUGCAUGCCUUUUGUUGAAAGCUCACUCCGAGUUUUGUGAGUCCGCGGAGCAGUGUUCUACUGGUGCCUGUGACAACCAUCAGUGUUCCUGCCUUGAUGGACAAUACUACUCUACAGCGGAGGGAGCGUGCAAAGAUAAGAUUGGCUACAACAUUAACUGCAACAAUGAAGCAGGGGAGUGUGUAACUGUGCAUGCCGAGUGUCUCUUUGAUGUGUGUGCCUGUCCAGAUACGUACUACGUUUCACUGGACAGGACACAGUGCUUUGACAGGAUCGGAGAUGGAGGAAUCUGUGCGAAUGAUGAUGAAUGUUCAUACACAAACGCAGCAUGUGUGGAGACUCAGUGCACAUGUGGAGCGGGCUAUUACGUGAAUCAUACAGGCUUGGCUUGUGAACAGACCAAGCCGAUUGGUGGGUCAUGCAGCAGUUCUGAGGAAUGUGGCUUCCCCGGAUCGGGAUGUGUCAGCGGAACCUGUGCGUGUUCCGACAAUAUGUACGAGGGUGCUGAUGCCUGUGAAGACAAGAAGCUAAACGGGGAGGCAUGUGGUGUGAUGGAAGAAUGUCUCGUGACGUCGGCCCAGUGUCUGUCCAGCGCUUGUAGCUGCAGUCAGGACCAAUACCUUGAGAACCUUGAGUGUCGUGCCAAGCUUGGAUACAAUCAGCCGUGUGAUGCUGACAUCACAGACCAGUGUAUGUCCAUGUUUGUAUGCAGCUCCAACAAUGUCUGUGACUGUCCAGAGGGGGAAGAGUAUAGCAUAGAUGCUUGUAUACAAGUAAUAACAACAACGCCUAUUCCCACCACUCCGGCUCCAGAUGAGAUCGUUUUUGUCGAUGUUGACGGUGAGGUUACAUUCAACCAGACAUACGACCCGGCCCUGAAUGACACAACAUCUGAAACAUUCCAGAACUAUGCCUCUGACUUCCAAACUGCUCUGAUUGAUUCAGACCCAAGCAUUGAAAGUGUCACUGUAACAGGAAUAUCAGAGGGCAGUGUGAUGGUGGUCUUCAUUGUGAGAUAUAUCAAGAUUGAAGUUGCUAUCAACGUCACAGAUGGUGGCAACCAAGAACCAGCAGAUGUGGACGCACUGAUUGACCUUGAACAACAGAUCAAGGCCAAGGUGACAAGAACGCUAUUAAAGGUUUUGCAAGAAGAUUUCACAGAAAAAAUGAAGAAUUCUACAUACUUCAGGAAUUUAGAGCCUCCAAAAGAGACCGCAGUCAAGGUGAAGGAAGAUCCAUGUCGAGAUUUGGGUGAAAUUGCUAAACGGGCACAAAGCGUCCAGUGUCAAACAGUCCUUUCUUACACGCAAAUAACUUCCAACAUUGAGGCUCGAUGCACCGGUUACCGGCUACUGCUAGACUGUGUGAUGAUUGGCUAUAAGCAUGACAAUAGGUCGUGUCCCGCUAACACCAUGAGGAAGACUCUAGAAGACUUGGGUCUUGGGUCUCUUCAACUGAAGCAGGAAGUCAAAAAUUGUGUCUCAGGCAACAAUUACCGGUUUGAACCGAUUGAACCAGUUGACAUUGAACGGCCCUGUCACGAUCUAACGAACAUGAAAAUUGCAGCAACAAUAGCGUGCAGGGAACAUAUGCAGGCCAUCUCCAACUCCAAGGAGCCUUGCAGCUUUGUAGACCCCUUGUUCAACUGUACGCUGACGGAGCUGGUGCGUAUGUACAGGAACAGCAGUGACACGGCGAUGUGCCCCGAGGGAAACCCGAGUCGUAAUUUCAUGGUGACGGCCCUUAUCAAACACCAGAACGACUUGUUCAAAGGGAAGUCUGUCAACCUUGAGACUUGUGAGUUCUUCCUGGUGCCUAACAUGCAGUACCAUACGAGAGCAAAAUGUGGUAUGGAGUUGUUCAUACUUCGCAACUCAUCCGAGGAAGACCUAUGCUGGAACAUACAGUCUGUCAAAUUGUGUCUGGAGGGUCAUGUCAAAGCUUGGAACAAACCAAGUUCCGCUGAUGCAGUCCUUACCUUUGUGAGAAGCCAGGGUUUCCUGGACAUUGUGCAGCCCAUAAGGCCUGAACUGACCUUGGAACAUCUUCAGAAGUGUGCAGAGUACAACACGGAAAGCCUAUGCGACUCUAACUACACAGAUAUACAUGAGCUUGGUCGUAUCUGGUGCGGAAGCCAACUGUACGAGCAUUUCCGAUAUUACUAUGAAGUUCUGCGGAGAGACAGUGCUGGCGCUGAUGUUCAUUUACUCAACUGCAUAUACCUGCGUUUAAUCGAACAGUGUGUCAAGAGAGUGUCUGCACAUUACAUGCAGAAUUGCACAAGUGUCGAGUACCGUGAAAUCACAGAAGCUCUGCCUGCCCAGUAUUUACCCUUCCAGUCUAAUACGUCCAGCUGCUUUGAUGAUGUAUGUUUGAGUACUGCAAAUAUUGACCGCUGCCUGGACAUUGAGCUUCUGAUGAAAGCCAACAACUACCAAAAUGUUUGCAUGGUCGCUGAGCUUACCAUCCAGUGUAUGACAUCUACUCUACAGAUGGAAUGCUUGCCUCGCACGGUUUUAACAAACUUUCUCAUAUCAAUGCUCGAGGAGGCUCAGUCAAGAAAUGAGGUCAUGGGAUUGGAGGGCUUUGUCAAUAUCAUACAGCAAUGUCCAGUUGAAGACCUCAAGCCUAUAGACCUCUGCACUGAUGUGGACAGACUAGUCACGCUAGGCCGAAUUAUGUGUGGGGACUUUGCCUAUAACAUUACAGAAAACUGCAGGGGAGCAGUGCAAGCAACAUCCUGCCUGCGUAACGGGCUAGAUAUGUACAGCAGUCAGUGUACAGAGGAGGCAAGGGUAUCUGCAGUACACCGGGCUUGGGUCAGACUCUUAACUCAACAGGCCAUGGAACACCGCAUCAAUUGCUUCUUGGGUGAUAGGGACAGUACUUGUCCUAAUGUGGAUGACCAAUACUGUCGGACAUGUGUUGGCAGAGAACCAGAUACAUGCGAUGUUCACGACGACUGUGGGGAGGAUCUCUGCUGUUCUGAUGGCUGUUCCAGGAAGUGCAUUGCCCCAAGCACAGUGACAGAAGAACCUAUGAUGGAAAAGCCUGGAACUUGCCCGAUCUAUGCCUUUGAUGCGAACCUUGGUUCAGGAUGUUGUGAUGACACUAGCUGCUCUGGAACCCGUAAAUGCUGUCAAAUUGGUGACACAAUGUAUAAUGGGAUGAAUUCAUGUGUCGAACCUGCUAACGUUACCUUAUGCAAUGACACAGAGGCUGUUAUGUCUGUGAUGCCUGUGUGUAACCUCACACAGGAGGCUGUAGCCUCACUCACUUGCGAAUCUCUUAUCAGAAAUGCAAGCUGUAUGGCAGAUCAGCUGAAUGCAGGUCGCCCACUUUUCACUGAGUGUGUUAGGGGUUCGGUCAUUCAAGCCCUUGGAGUUAAUCAGCGUAACCUGACUAGUUGCAUGGAAUACAAUGUAACAGUUUAUUUCAACAAUGAGAUCAUGAAUGACACUGCAGCUCGGAAAAAGCGUCAAAUACCAGACUCACACAUAUGCAAUCAACAAUUGGUUGACCAGUAUAUGCCAAUCAUAAUAUCCAAAAUGAUGUUUGGAGACGGAGCCACUUCCGCACACUACCGCACCAUGUGGUGUAACAAUGCCUUCAUAUACCUGACAUUCUCCCUCUACACAGACAUACAAGAGCAUGAGAUCUACAAUCUCCUGCAACCACUAUUUUCCACUUACAACAACCCUGAUCUGCCAAGUGGGAUAUCUUAUUACUCUCAGACAGUUGACCUCUUCAAGAUCAAUAGGUGUAGCGACCCCAAAACAUUGAAGGGUGUUGCUUUACAUUGCUUGAGAAGUGAUGCAUAUAGGGAUUUUGCGGAUUGGCAAAUUUGCAGCUUUGGAGAGAAAAUAAACCAAUGCAUUGUUGAUGUUGUACACGGCCUAGCUGACAAUCACUAUCAAGAUGGAGAGUGCGGCGUCUAUGAUCUCUUAAACAACAGAAAAUUACUGGAAGACCUUAUUGAUGAUCUGCGGGUGCAUCCUGAUAUUCCGGCAAACUAUUUAGACAGACUUCAGGGAUUCAAUCCAGAUCAGUGCAUGAAAGAAGGAGAUAUAUACCCUUGUAAUGAUGAUACCAACUUUAAGCUCUUUUAUGAUGAAUGCUAUGCAACCUUAGUUGAAGAUGAAGGAAUUUCUUUUAACUUUUUGGAUGACCCCAACCAGAACUAUGGAAUCACUCCUCAGUUGUGCGGAGUAUACCAUGAGAUUGUCUCUUGUGUGGGUAUUAAAACACGAGAGCCUGGUGAAGACUGCUCAUUUUAUGAUGUCCAACGUUACGUAUACAACCAACUCAGGUGGCAGCCGACUGGAAAUAACUUGCCGAUAUAUGAUGAAUCAUACAGUAUUCGGGACUACUGUAGAGCCUAUCAGCCUGUGUGUUCAGCUGAGUAUAUCAUGGAUGCCCGCUACGGUGAUUGCUAUGGCAACUAUUGGGACUACUAUCAAAAUGACUGCAAAAAUAGCUUGGACCGAGAUCAUGUUAAGAAGUUUAUGAAGUGUGCAAAGACGCGGGCCGUUUUACGAGGGGAGACAGAUUGCACCAUGGAAGCUCUACGGGAUCUUAUUAAGUCAGACUCGCUCAACCUGGGAUUAACUAAACGUGGUGUGGACUUCGAUACAUGCAUCAAUGAUGAAGAUAUAACGGAGCUUAACAAUCUGUUUUCGGGAAGCGUGUGUACAAUGACACCGGUCAUUGAGCACCUGUCCAAGUCAUGUGCCGACACGAGGGACUCGUGUCCAGGAGCUCUGAACAAUCUUGUUACUGAAAAUAGCAGGGCAGGAUGCAGCUUUUUGACGCACACAUUUUCAUGUGUGAAUACCAAUUUGACGUCUUAUGGCUGUACUGUUGACCAAAUGCUGGACACUAGUUUCCCUGAAGACUCUCUUUUCCACCUCUCUUCAGAUAAUAAAGACAAAUGCAGAGAAUAUCUGACAGAAGCUGCUUACACCUCCUGUUUUAAACCAGCCUUUUAUGAGAACAGAAUGGCAGCUUUUAACUGUGUUAACCUGACUGACAUUGCCCGUCAUGUGUUAGAUGCGGAUGACCCAACACUGUGCAGAAUGAGAGAGUACUCUGUACGGUGUCUAGGAAAUUUGGCCACAGAUGCUGGGGUCCAAUGCUCCACUCAAGACCUCACACAAGCAUUGACAGACAGCAUGGGCAUUCUAGAAACCAUACAGAGAAUAGCUGACUGCCGUACAUUUGAAGCCUCUGAUGUAUUUGGCACAUGCCCAGAUAUCACAACAGUGACAGACAACAGUUGUACAGACAAGACAUUUAUCUCAGACAUAGCUGUGGCUGUGUGCUUGCCACAACUUCAACAGUGGUACAUGUACAAUAACACAGAUACAAUGUACAAUAACACUGGAAUGCAGAACAAUAACACUAUGAUGCAGAAUGGAACAAGCCAGAAUGGAACAAUGCAGAAUGCCACCAUACAGAAUGGAACAAGGCAGGAUCGUACCUUUAAUGCCAGCUGCAUUACAUUUGGUGAUUUAAAGUCGUGCACAAUGAAUACCACAAGGCGGUUAUUGCCAAUGAUUGAAGGGGAGAAAACAUCCUGUGCUAUGACUGACAUAGAGGGCGCAUUCGAGGAACACUCGCAACUUAUCUCACAAAAACUGGGACUCAACAUCACCACUUGUCAGGGUGCAUGCUUCCAAAAUCUUCGCGAGAUUGUGCACAACUGCUCCCUUGAUAUAGGUUACUAUAGUAGCUAUGAAAUCCCAUACUGCAGAAAGCAGCAGUACAUGUACCAGUGUGUGGAUGGGGCCUUGUACCGACAGAACAACAUGAAGCCAUGCGGUGCAGAGAACAUAAACUCUGCAAUUAGGGUUGCCACAGGGGGGAAGUUUAAUGGAUGUCCAGACCCCCGUCAAGAGCGGCCAGUUGAUGUUUGUAACAAUGUGACGGAUUUUGCUUCCCUGGCCGUACAGAGCUGUAUGGAACAGUUGCGAUGGCUUGGCAACUCUACAGACCUUUUAACUGAUGCUUGCAACACAACACUGAAGUCAAGGGUUGAGUCCUGCUUUAGGAGUACAGUACCCAAGUUUUCUCCUGCCUCUAAUUGUCUGAAUGACACUUCUCGCCUUAAUGACAAGAUUGUCGAAGCCAUCCUACAGGCUGCAACCAUGCUGAGCAUGUAUGAAACCAAGAUUGUGAUUCCUAUCCGGAAAUGCUAUGAUGAUGGUGAGGAGAAACCUGGGUUUUGUCCGGUGAUGGAUCGUUGUAACAUGCACUAUGGUCCUGACAGUGUAGUUAACAUGUGUACCAAAGACUCCCACUGUUACGAUGGUGACAAGUGCUGUCACGAUGGCUGUAGACUCCGGUGCAUGAAAACAGCCUACGAACAAGCUCUCUUUGAAGUUCGUUUCAAUUUGCCGAACGAGCUGUACGAUAGACAAUUUGAGUUUGAGACAUCUGAGUAUUCAAGCAUGAUUAUACAAAUGUUCGAAAUAUUAGACCUAUAUUCAUUGACCUAUAAUUUCUCCUCUGUUCGUAAAAGUCUAGCUGGGACCACUGACGUAUUCUUUAGUGUGAAAACCUUCCAUUUGCUCACCCUAUUUGACCUUACACGUGCAAUGAAACGUAUCACAGAGAACGACAAUGAAGUUAUCCUGUCUUACGUCCAGAUUCUGUCGGAGAAAACACGCGGACAAUGUCCAGCAUCCAGCAAUGUAUAUCCAUAUGAGACCUUGUGUGACAACGACUAUCACUGUCGAUAUCAAUUCCAAGCAGACGAUUACAAGUGUUGCUAUGACAAUGGAAUGAGAUGCUUGCACACUGAGAAUGAGACGCAGUCCAAAUGUUCCAGCAUGUAUGAUUUGUAUGAGGUAACCAGAGGAUAUUGUCAAGAAGAGCGAAACUUGUUUCUUCAGAACUUGGAACAACACAGCUGGGCUGCAUGCGGGGUAGUACAAAGGUUCACAUCGUGUAUGACAGACAUGCUCAAGAUUGUCUGGCCCGAUUGCGUGAACGCCCCAGACAUGUUCUUGUACGGACUUCACCAAUAUGUGGAUAUCAUCAAAGAGAAGGAGGAUAAAUGGGAACUCCAUGUCAUGGUGGACUUUCAGGCUUGCAGAGAGAACCUGUGUUACAACGAUUCAGCCAUCGUGAACAGCCUGGGAGGGAGGUGUGCAGGAAACGUGUCUGCUUUCAUCAGCUACGGUCAAAUGAACAGCCAAUCUUGCAACGCCCUCCUGAUGACCGCGGACUGUGUGGCCAAUGAUCUGGAGCAGCGCAGCUACAAUCGCUACAGAUGUGAAAGACAAGAGCUGUAUGAAUUCUUGAGUGGUGGAGCCAAAAACUUCACGGGUCAGAGCUGGGUUGACCCUGAGAUCUGUAACUCCCUGGUUUGCUUCACUCCAAACCUUCCAAGAUAUAUACAAGAUGAUUCUCUGUGUGGCAAAGCAGGGAACCGAUACCUGGAUAAUGACAGGCAUAACUGCAGGGACUUUGAGAGCCUCGUGUUCUGUAUAAUGCUGUAUGGGACAGAGCAGGAGACGUGUUUCGCCCAGACGCUGGUUCCCAUGGUAAUGCGGGCGCUGAGUCAUAUCAACUCUACCUUGCGGAACCCAGAACCCAUGUGCUCUGAUGCAUGCAACUUCACAUGGACACCAAUGAGUCAACCAGCUGAGAAUCGGAUCACCAUAAACAUGACUGUUCACCCGCGGAGAAACACAACAGUCGUUUCCACCUUCAUUCCUGCGUUGUCCAGUGGCAUUGACAUGAACUCUGCUGGCAAGUGGAUUGGCAUCGGGGUCAACCCAGAAAAACAGAUGACUGGUACUGAUGCUUUCACUAUAGAAAACAUGGAUGGAAUGACCUUCAAAGUCAAUAACAGAUAUGCAAGCGCUAGGGCCCGGCCUAACAUCGACACUUACAACAACUUCUCUGUAGAUGUCCGUUCUGAUGAAACAGGCACGAAGUUCUCAUUCCAACGUCCAAUCGGAUCGGCUAGUGGAACUCCAAAUGAUCGCCCACUGAAUGGCCCUCUUUUCUUGAUAGUUGCCCAUGGUGAUAGUAGUAACGGUCAAAUUCAGAAACACUCUACCAAAUACACUUCAGAUGAGGCAAUUGACUUCACUUGUCCAACGGCAUAUGAACGUCUAAACCGCCAGCUGCCAAUGGAUGGAAAUAUGUGUAACAACGUGGCAACCAUCCGCUUUAUACUGGAGUUUGAAUGUAUUGAGGACCUUAACUACACCUGGAUGAACGACAGAGACAGAUGCUUGAUGGACAACUAUUUCUUUGGCUGUUUGCUGUCCAAGAUGGCAAAGUUCAACUGCACACCUGGCGAGGUUGCUACCCAGUUUGAGUCCACAGAGGUGCGCACAGGGAUUAUUGGAAUGGAAACUGCGGGCUGUGAACUGGACCUGGAUUCCUGCAACAGGGAAAUGCUAUUGAACAGCUGGGCCCUCAGCGACACAUGUACCACGCCCCUGAUCUCCCUCUGGAGGGUGCCCAACAUUAACGAGGCUAGAAGCGCGGAUGGCAAAAAGAGUCUCAAAUGCAGUGUGUAUGAACAGUUUUAUGGAUGCUACGUGAUCCAUUACGAAUUUUCUUCACCGAACCAGUGUCAAAUAGAAGACUAUACUGAGGUUGCUAUGGAAAUGGUCAGACUGUACCAGAUGAUAAGUGUGUCUCAGAUUCCCAAUUUCACGAUUCCAGCCCAGAAUAUAAACUUUACAGGAUGCCAGUCAGAAAACCUGACGGUUGUGUUGCCUGACCCUUGCGAUGAUGGCAGUGCACUUCUGGACAGAAUGUCUGUUGUAUGUCUAGGGCCUAUCUCCCAGUCCUUCAAGAUGAUGAACUACCCACCUGGAUGCCAUAUGCUACCAUCAGUGAUGGAAUGUAUGGCAUCUUACAACCAUUGCUGGGAUAGGGAAUCUAAAGAAGAGCAGGAUGCUCGCUUUGUGAGGGCCCUCCAGGAGAACCCCUCAUUUGUGGAACAAAUACUAGGCUUUGAUCCGGUCCCUUGUGUGCGACUUGCUGAAUGUCAGUCACAGCUUGAUGAAUCAACCUCCCGUUGGCCCGAAAUGACCUCGUAUGGAAUGGCUCUUCUUGGACUGUCAAACAUGAGUACGAAUGAAACCACGAAGAACCAGAGAUGCGCGUUAUUCAAUGACUACCACAUCAAUUAUGUUGACUGGCUUAAAAAAGAUGUUCCACAAUGUGAGGACAUGGCGGAAUUGUUCCUAGAGAGCAGACUGCCAUCUCUCAAUGCUUACUUCACCAUGAACAACUGGACUCACUGCACAUGGGAUGAGGAUCCAUGUGCUGAAGCUGGCUUUGUUAAAAUGAUGCAGUGUAUAAUGGUGGCUGGGGAUGCUUGUGCGUACCGUGAUUGUGUGGUGAAGAAAGCGCUGCCCCAGUGUGGAACCGAGGGUGUGAUUGAGGCUGUAGAACAGGAAUACAUGCUUCACCGGGGGGAGCAAAUGCCGCAGUGUGACGCAUCCAAUUGUCUGGUUUCCUACAACAACACAGUACAAAUGUGGUAUGCUUACACUGUGAAAUACUACUACAUGUCAGGAUACGGAUCAUUCCUUGCCAAAGAGCAGUAUUGCAUGGUACAAUUAAAGUUUUUCAACGAGAUCAGGAGACAGCUUGAUUCAUCCCUGGCCAUCUGUAGGGACCAAUUGGAUGUCUUUAUGACCAGACUAAAGGAAGAUUGGGACGCUGCAAGCCAGCAGGCUGGCCAUGAACCAUGUGACUUUGACAACAUUGAUCGUUGCCAAGACUAUGAGGCUGUUCUGAUGUUCAACUGUUACAAUAGUAAUGAGAAUGACUCAUGCAGGUUCUGGGAGUGUGUAGAUGACACCUUCAGGUCCAACUUCAGUGGGUGUAGUGUGAGCCAGAAAGACUACCAGGAUAAGGUCAACAUGCUCUUCGACAAAUUAUACACAGCUAGACCAAAGCCCUGUAACACUGUUGAGCCCUGUUCUUCGAGUUACUUUGAGGUUGCCACAACAGAAGCAUGCAAGCCAUUCUAUGAGAAAUACCUAAACCAGAUGGACUGUGGGUCCUAUGAACUUUUCCUGGGCUGUAUAAAUGUUCAGAGCUAUGGCUACCACAACAGAACAUGUGGCAUCAGAAAAAUUCACAUGUACGUCGCUUCCAGAAUCCAUCAACUGACUGGGUUUCUGCCUAGCAUCUGUGGUCAGACGACUCAAAUGAUGACAAUGGAUGGGAAAGUCAAUCUUGAAGUGACUUUGAACUUGCCGGGUUCCAUUCAACUGGCUUUUGAAAUUGACCUUGACCUUGAUACACAGCAAGUUCUGACAAAGAUAGAUGAUCUUCGGGUCAGACGGCAAGCCGAGGGCAUUAGUGACAUCAUAUCAAUCAGAAAUGUUAGUGGAAGGAUAAUUGCUGUGGACAUGUUUUCAAACAGCUCGUUAACAGAAGCUGAUACGAUGUAUGGAGGCUCGAAUGAUGUUCGCAUCAUCGAUAUCAGGAGCGAGAAUGGAAAGACGCAGGUCGUUGUUGAGCGCCCUGCUAAUGCCACAGACAUGUAUGAUCUUGGGUUACAGGGCACUAUGUCUUUAACUCUUGGAUAUGCCCCAAUCGACGGUCCAUACACCCUGCUAGAAGCUUCGCAGAUUGACACAAGCUUUUAUGAUGUAUUUUCUAUGUUGGACAACAAUUUCCCGAUGCAUCCAGAAAAUCUAUGCGAUAACGAGUACAUCUUGUCGGCCAUGUUGGAAACCUUGUGUCUUAUUGAUGAUUAUUAUGAGGAAGGAGCAUCCAAUCAGACCAUGUGUCUUGCGGAAUACCGAAGCGUUGUUUGCCUUGGAGACAAACUGAGUGAUAUGGCUAAAUGUGAUGACAUGACAAUUAGAGAGGUCUUAAAUCGUCCAAGUGUCCGCGAAAGAUUCUUCAACAAAACUGAUCCCAGUUGUGAUAAAGAGUUCCCGUGUGAGAUGUUUAUGUUAGCCCAUGGUGAAUAUAUUGGGCCAGUGUGUUUAGCAAGCAUCAUAACUCUGGUCCACACGCCUGUAGACAAUAUUCUGAAUGUGAACCAGAUCAACAGCUCUCAAACCAUGGCUUGCAAUGUAUGGACCCAGGCUAUGAAAUGUGCCUAUGGAACCAUGAUGGCAACAGACUACAGUUUUACCACGUCCUGCAGUCUCGAGUCCCAGUUUAAACCUGCUCUGGUGGCACUUGCCCACAUGUCCACAGAAAACUCGGAACCAGGACCUGCGCAUGAUGUGGACUACUUUAACCAAUGUGCAUCCAGCCAGGAAAACAUUUUUGACUCCUGUCCAACAAAGGAUGAGUUGUUAUACACCACCGUCGCCGCGUGCGGUCUUGGUGUUCUGUCCAGUGGCGAGCAGUAUCAAUAUCAAUGCAGGUAUUUGAGGGGUUGCACAGAUGCGAUUAAGGGGGCCUACAUGACCUACUGCCCUCAAAUUGACGACCUUGUUGACGCUGGAUGGCAGAACCUUACCUAUGCCAACUACAUCGAGAGUGUGAUUGGCUUUAACCCGUCAUCAUGCGGCGAUGAGCCCAGGAAAUGCGAUGAUGCCUGCCCAGAAAUAUUUAAACCUGUUUGUGCCAUACACAUGGACUCUGAUAUGAUGAUGACAUUCGAUAACCAGUGCUUCUUGGACAUAGCAAAUUGCCAGGAAGGAAACAGAUGGAUGUUUAAAUCUGACCAUGCAUGCGAUUAUAUGGAAUCUAAAUGUAGUGAAGCAAUGUACAUGAAGGUCAUGGAAGAGGAUUGUGAACAAUGGCUCGAGAGAUUUAAAAACACGGACAAUUGCGGGAGUUACGAGGGCCUACUUGGCUGUAUCAACACAAAUAUUCUCACAGAAACGAUGAUGAAAUGUCGGUUCUCAGACAUCAGUAGAAGUUUCAGCAACAUGUGUACAUCAAAACGGGAUUUAUGCCUCAUGCUUGUGACGUAGCAGUAUCGCUCAUCUCUGAAGAUGGUCAGAUAUCAAUGGUUGUUGGAAUACUGCCAAAUGGGGAUGAACAUUUCCAAGUUCGAGCUCCACAGUCUACGUUUUCUUACUCCAACAUAGCAUUGAUAGUGAUGC